GCCACCUGUCAGUGCCCAUCAGUGCCACGUGCCAGUGCCCAUCAGUGCCAUGUGCCAGUGCCCAUCAGUGCCACAUCAAUGCCACAUAUCAGUGCCUACCAGUGCACAUCAAUGCCACAUAUCAGUGCCCAUCUGAGCUGCCUUUCAGUGUCACCCAUCAGUGCCAGUCAGUGCCACCUAUCAAUGCCAAUCAGUGCCGCCUAUCAGUGCUGCCAAUCAGUGCCACCUAUCAGUGCUGCCUCAGUGCCUCCUCAUCAGUGCCCAUCACUGCAGCCUCAUUAGCACACAUCAGUGAAGGAGAAAAAUCACUUAUUUACAAAAUUUUAUAA